AACUCACCUCCUGCCCAAUGGAUACCGUCUUGCACUUCGUUUACUCCAAAGAGGACGAGAUCCGGACGUUCAAAGCCUUCCAGAGACUGCAAGAAGGCGACGAGGCGGUAGAGCUAUACGAGUUCUAUCAUGCCUCGUAUGGCUACGGCUCUGCGGUCACCACCUUCCAACGUAGGAACCGCGCAACCUCAGUCUUUGAACCAGCGGGGGAGAUCGCCUGGCAAGGAAACACAACUGCGACAGUCCAUUUCGGGGUUCAUGAGGCAUGUAAAAUUGCGCAUCUGCUUGGGAUCCUUGUGACGACUGCCGGAACUUGCGCAGAUCUCCCUGAAGGACCUGAGAAAAAUGAAAAAGUCGACCAGCCAGUUAAGCAAUCUCGCAGGUUCAAGGCAGGCGGUGUGGAAUACAAGUGGAAGAUCGCGGAGGGGGACGAUCUAUACUGUGUCGAAGCAAGCAGCAAGAAGACGGUGGCGACCUGGACAGACAAAGAGACGACGUUGCGCGUGACGGCCUCGGCUGAACAGGUGUUGGAUCGGAUGGUUGUGACAUGUGUGCUGAACUUGUGGGUUAGACACUUGGGGCUCUGGUGA